AUGAUGAGUGAAAUACUUAAUGGAAUUCGAAUAUUAAAAUUGUAUGGAUGGGAAAUGGCAUUUAUUCGUUCUAUAAGUCAUAUUCGAGAGAAAGAACUUGAAUAUGUUAGAAAAAAAGCGAUUAUUAAUUCAAUCUUAGAAGUUCUUGUGCCAUUGACACCGAUUUUGGCUACCAUAACGACAUUCUCGGCUUAUAUUCUUAUAACAGAUAGCAAUGCUUUAACAGCAGAAAAAGCAUUUGUAUCAUUGGCAUUAUUUAGUCUGCUUCGUCCUAUACUUAAUUCUUUUACUAAUGUUCUUAACAAUACUGUGGACGCACUUGUAUCAAAUAAACGACUUGAAAAAUUUCUGAACAAUGAGGAAAUCGAUUCAAAUGCUGUGGAUAGGAUAUCUGACGAUUCUAGUUCACUUAUUGCAUUAGUUGGAAUGGUUGGUUCAGGGAAAAGUAGUAUAUUAGCAGCACUACUGGGUGAAAUGAAUAAAGUUCAUGGGUGUGUGAGUAUCAAUGGAAAUAUUGCUUAUGUACCACAGACAGCAUGGAUUAUGAAUACAACAUUAAGAGAAAAUAUUCUUUUCGGAAGAGAUUUUGAUAUAAAUUUAUAUAAUCAGAUUAUUGAUGCGUGCGCUCUAAACCAGGAUCUUGACAUGCUUCCAGCACGUGAUCAAACUGAGAUUGGUGAAAAGGGUAUCAAUCUAUCUGGUGGACAACGACAACGAGUUUCAUUAGCUCGAGCGUUGUAUAGCAACGCCGAUAUCUAUCUUCUUGAUGAUUCACUUUCAGCUGUUGAUGCGCAUGUUGGCACUCAUAUUUUUAAAAGUGUUAUUGGACCUAAAGGAUUAUUAAACGGCAAAACUCGUCUUUUGGUUACACAUGGUGUAUCUCAUUUACAAAAAUGUAAUGAUAUUAUGAUUGUUUCGGAAGGCGAAAUCGUUGAUCAUGGAUCUUUUAAUGAUCUAAUGUUGAGAAGCAAGAUUUUACAAGAUUUCCUUCAUUCAAUUGAUACUUCUAAUGCUGAACGCAGUCAACAUCGAGGAAAUGAUUUAGCCAAAUGGGCAGAUCAAAUGAAAACAGAAAUCUCAAUAAAUAAUACAUCAUCACAACAUGGUCAAAUUUAUUAUAUGAGUAUAUAUUCCACAUUGGGAAUUACUCAAGGUAUCAAAGCAUUUUGUUUUUUAUUCACGUUUAAAAAUAAAUUUUCAGGUAUCCUAACUUUUGCAAUGCAAUUAACUCAACGGCUUGCUUCAUAUUUUGCCAGUCGAAAAUUACAUUGUAUUAUUCUAAUUGGAAUUCUUCAUGCCCCAGUGACUUUCUUCGAUACAACACCAGUCGGUCGUAUAAUUAAUCGUUUUGCUCAAGAUAUUGAAUCAGUUGAUUCAAUGUUACCCCAAGCCUUUUCUAUAUCACUAAAUACACUUAUUGGAGUUGUUACAACAUUAAUUAUACUUUUCUAUGGCACAUGGGUUGCUAUUGUUGAGUUCAUGCUACUCGCUAUUAUUUUCGUUUCCAUGCAGCGUGUGUAUAUAUCAUCUUCUCGUCAACUCCGUCGUCUUGAUUCGGUAUCACGUAGUUCCAUUUUUACGAAUUUUACUGAAACAAUUCAGGGUCUCAGAUCGAUUCGUGCAUAUCAUGCAGAAAAGCGUUUUAUUGAUUCAUCCGAUACCUUCCUGGACAGGAAUCAGUCCUGUCAUUUAGCUAGUGGUGUUGCUAACAGUUGGCUUGGAAUUUAUCUAGAACUGAUUGCAACUUUAUUUAUAUUCUUGAUAACUCUUACUGCUGCACUUUUACGCGACCGUUUAACAGCUGGUACUGUCGGUUUAAUGAUGACAUGUGCUAUUCAACUUACUAUUUCUCUUAAUCUACUUAUGCAAACCUCAAGUAAAAUUGAAACUGAUAUUGUUAGUGUCGAACGUAUUAAUGAAUAUGCUCAAUUAACACCGGAGGCUCCAUGGCAAAUUUCUGAAAAAACACCAUCACCUUAUUGGCCGAUGAAUGGAAAUAUUCGAAUUAUGAAUUUAUCAGUACGAUAUAGGGAUAAUCUACCAUUAGUACUCAAAGAUUUAUCAAUAGAUGUUUCUUCCGGGGAAAAGGUAACAUAUCUAAUUGAAAGUAAAUGUAUAUAUGGGUAA